UUGAUAUGGAUGAAAGAGUCUUACUUUCCGUUCUGAUCACAGGAAUCAGACUAACUCAAAUCGUAUUCGCUGAUUGUCCAAAUACAGUACAUCCUAGAAUCAAGGGUUUCGGACCAGACUGUAGAUAUAGAUGUAACUGUAAGGACAAUGUACAGUGUGACUUAGUAACUGGUGAUUGUCAAAAUGGUUGCUUGUUCGGAUGGAUGGGACCAGGAUGCCAAUAUCGGAAUCUUGUAACCGCAUCUAUUGGUACUGAACAAAACUAUAGAGCGCAGGUCGUAUCCCACUCGGCAGAAAAAGCAAUAGAUGGAGAUAUGAACACAUGCAGCAGUACAGGCUCUGGACGACUUGGAGACACAACACAACAAUGGUGGCGUCUUCUAUUAUCGACUGAGUUUUAUAUCGUUGGAUUAGUAAUCAGGAUUCGGGACUCAGAUAAAGCAAAUUUCCGAGGAUUUUCUGUAGAAAUAGGAAACACUACCAAUAACUUUGAGGUCUGCUAUCAACACGGAGCCGGUACCGACGGAGAAAUUGUUAUGAAUGUGAAUUGUGUGCGACCAAUUAUUGGCAAGAUAGUGGAAAUCAAACUUGAAGAAAAUAUACCACAGCCUUUAGUUCUGUGUGAGGUGGAACUAUUUGGAGGUCGCCUUGUUUCGUUCAAUAGGCAUACUUCAAUAGAAUCCGUUCUAAUAUAUAAUGGUAGAUGGAAUGCUUCGUAUGCCGUAGACGGAAGGCCAAUGCUGCUUUGCAGUGAAAAUCAGGAUAAUAAGUCGAAGAGAACUUGCAGUGCAACAGUGCGAUCUGCUUCGAAUAAAGAAAAGUGGUGGAAUGUACAUUUAGAUACAUUCUAUGACAUCCAAGGAAUCAGCUUCUUUGGUCGAUUAGAUUAUGGAACAAGUCAGUAUAAAUCGUACAAAAUACUGGUCGGUAGUUAUAGCUCUCAAACAAAUCUUAUAUUCACUGACAAUGGGUUUGGAAACAGACGACAAGAUUAUAACCCUAAAUCAAGAAACUUCACGAGACCCUUCCUUGGUAGCUUUGUACAAGUUGAAAGAUUUGGGGAGACUCUGGUAUUAUGUGAAUUAGAAGUAUAUGCAGAAUGCCCCCUAGGAAGAUGUGGUUGGGAAUGUAAUGAAACCUGUAUGUGCAACAGUCAGACAACCGGGCAACACAAGAUUCGGGGCAUAUGUCCAUAUGGAUGUAGCGGAAGAUGGAGUGGCCAUAACGGAACGUGUAAUAUCGAAUGUUCCGAAACGACAUGGGGACCAUACUGUAAUCAAACAUGCGGUCAAUGCAAGAACAACAAUCUAUGCAGUGUAUCUAACGGCAAGUGUCCAGAUUCGUGUAAGCCUGGAUUUAUUCCUCCUUUAUGUAUACAUGCAGCACAAUCAAACGAGCAGCAUGGACCGUCAUUUACUGUUGGCAUUAUCAUCGGUUCCGUUGUUGCUGCUGUUGUCUUCAUCGCACUGACUCUCAUUAUUAGUGUUAUCAUCAUUCGGAAAAGGAGACCGAUAAGAAAAACAGACCAAAAUGUCUCUUCAAAUCCAGAUUCUCGUAGUGGAGCUCGAGAUGAAAGCGAGUACAAUACGUUAGAUCCUAACCGCGUGGACGGAAACCAGGAGAUGUACUACUCCGAACUCAGAAAUUAUGAAAGUGUUGAGUGAAUAAGUAGACGGAAUAUGAAUAUAUAAUCCAGAUGAAACAGUGUCUCGUGCAUAAUGAUAUCUAUUUUAUAUUAUGAUAAGUUUAAACAAUAUUUAUUUCAAUUUAUAUAUACAUACAUUCAUUACUAACAACAAUAUAUCAUCAUGUUUAAGAAGAUAGUCAAAAGACUUUAAAUCAUUAUCAUGUAAUAUAGUUUUGGACAGAAUGAGUGCAACAAACAAAACAAAUAUGUAAUGAAUAUAGUAAGACAAAAAUCUAUGAAAUGAAUAAAUAGAGUGGAUUUAUGUUAAGGUACUCAAAUGAAUUUAAUGAAAAAUAAGACAACUUUAGUGUUGUAAGAAUUGAGAUUACUCUUAAAUAUUUGAAGACUGCCUGUGUUUUACACUCUAUAGGUAGCUGAUUUCACUUGUUGAUGGUAGAGGGAAGGAAUGCGUUAAAUAAAACUGAGUGUUACAAUGUUUAUUUCUAGUGCUUGGGCAGUUUCUGAAACUAUUGAAGUUGACGUAUGCAAUAUUCUGAGGGACUAAAGUUGGAAAACAGAGAGAAAUUGGUAUUUACCAUUAAAUGGUGUUUACGUUUUCCAGCUUAAAGAGUUUCAAUAUUUGUCUCUUCAUAAAGGUUUGAGAAAAUAAUUGUUUGAAGGGACUUCCUAUCUAGAAUAAAGGUAUAUCAAUAUUUUGAUAAUUAUUACUGAAAACUUCUAUCGUUAACGGAAUCGGUGUAAACAUUAUCAUAUCCGUAUCUAUUAUCACCAUCUAUAUCAUCAUUUAAAUCAUUUAAUGUUUUCAUCCGAAUCCUCAUCAUCACUACCAUUUAAAUAAACAUAUAUAUGCAUAUAUUACAAUCACUUUAGUUUCUUGUUUUUAUAAUUAUGCAUUAUGCGUACAUAUAUUCAUCAUUAUGUUUAACAUCAUACAAUUUUUUCAUUCAUCAUAAUAAUAUAUGCAAUACAUUUUUGAUACAGAAAUAAACGUAUACAAUUCAUCUGUGUAUGUUCGUUAGCCAUGUUUUGUAUUUCAUUAUAUAAGUACUUUUAUAUACAAUAUGUUAUAAUGUUUCGUCGUCUCACACUCGUAUCUGAAAUUAUAAGGAAGGCAUCAAUAAAUUAUAUUUCAUCAAUAUUUAAAAUCUACCAUUUAUUUUAGUAUUGUUAGGGAAAUUGUUUAGGUAGGUCUACACGUUCGAAUCGAUUUUUUUCUAAAAUGUAAAAUUUGAUUAAACUCUGAACUCAAAACUUCAGAAUACACUAAGAAAUUUCAGCAAAUAAAACAAAGAUAGGGUCGUGUGUUUCAUAUUUUGCUUGACUGAUUUGAAGACUUCUGACCUCACGCAACUUUUCAUAAUGAGAGUCUAUCUGAAAUUCAUACCUUUCAUAACAUUUUUGCAAAUUUUUCUACGAAGUAGAUUUUAACGAAAAUUCUCACAGUUGUAAAUAAACAUAUGUUCUGUAACGUGGUGGAAUAAAAUGUAUAGGUCUG